CGCCCGGCGCAUGCGCGGAGGCGGCGUCCGGGGACAGCCGUGGGGCUCAGGUGCGCCCGGAUGGCGGCGGCGGCGGGCGGCGGGGGCUCCGCGUCCGGGCCGGGCUCGAGGAAGCCGGGCUCGCCGCGGGACUCGGAGUCGGAGCUGUGGUCCCGCCGCGUGCGGGAGCUGGUGAGCGCGGAGCCGGCCAGCCGCCUGUGCUUCGAGUGCGGGCAGCGCGGCGUCACCUACGUGGACAUCACCAUCGGCAGCUUCGUCUGCACCGCCUGCUCGGGGGCGCUCCGUGGCCUGAAUCCCCCUCACCGGGUGAAAUCCAUCUCCAUGACCACCUUCACAGAGGGCGAGGUGCAGUUCCUCCAGUCUCGUGGGAAUGAAGCCUGCCGGAAGAUCUGGUUGGGGUCUUUUGAUUCGCGGUCGUCCCUGCUGCCAGAUUCUCAGGACCCUCAGAAAGUGAAGGAGUUUCUGCAGGAGAAAUACGAGAAGAAGCGAUGGUAUGUGUCGCCUGAGCAGGCCAGAAGCUUAGCCGCUUUGAGUGCCCAGAGUUCCCCUGCGGAAGCCAAGACUGGUGCCAAGACCCCCCAGGUGUCGGAGAAAGCCCCGCCCCCGGCUGCCCAGCCGGCCAAAAAGGCCAGCACAGACCUCCUGGCGGACAUAGGGGGGGACCCCUUUGCGGCCCCCCCACCUGGGCCUGCCUUCCCUGCCUUUGGAGGCCCAGUAGCAGCUCACCCUGCCUUUCCCAGCUUCGAUGCCUUUGCGGGAGGCCCGGCCCUGUCGACUUUUGGGGACCCCUUAGCCUCCAGCCACAGCCCUUUCCAGAGCCAACCGGUCCCUGCAGGUGGUGCCCACGUGGGAGCCUUCCCCGCCUCGCCUGCCAGCCAGCCCGGAGUGGGCAUUCCGAGCCUGGGCGGAGCCUUCCGCGUGGGAGGGGUCCCGAGCAGCGUCUUCGGGCCCCUCAGCCAGUCCCCCGUCCUGCCCCCCUCCAGCCCAGCUACGGCCUUCGGGGUUCCGACGUGCACCAACCCCUUUGCCAGUCCGGUGGUCUCCCAGCCCACGCUCCCCUCCACCAACCCCUUCCAGACCAACGGCCUGGCCCAAGGCACCUUCCUGGUCGGGUCACCCGGCAGCUUCUCGGCCUCCCCGCUCUCCGGCGGCACCUUCGCUUCCCCGCUGCAGCAGGAGCCGCUGUUCUUCCCCACCCAGGGCGUUGUGGGUCAGCAGCACAACGGGGGGACGUCCUUCGGAGGCUUCCCUGCAGGCCGAGACGGACAGAGGCCGCUUGGACUGCCUGCUGGCUACUCCACCAACCCUUUUGUGAACCCGAUGGCUGCAUCGCCUUCGCCCCGCUUCGGCCCGGCAAAGCACCCCCCCACCAACCCUUUCUCCUAGCCCCCUCCGGCCUCCAGAGCGGAUGGAGACCCUCGGCCUGGAGUGGGGGGGUCAGUUCUGCACAGCAGGGCCUCCAUCCCCAGGAAGGGGCCGCCUCGGAGGAAGCCAAAGGCUGUGCCUGACGGGUCACGGGGGCGGCCGGGGCCCCAGCGGAGGGGUGGCGGGGUGGGGGGGGCGGCCAGCCGAGGCCAAAGACACCCUGUGAAGGGCCUCCUUCUCUUCUCUCCCCCCCCCCCCCAGCACAGAGCCUGGGUCUGCUGCAGCUUCUUCCCUCCGGGCUGCUCUCCCACCCGGGGGUCUCCAGCAGGUCCUGCAGUUUCAGCCUGGGGGGGUUAAGGGGGGCCAUGCAAUUGGCCUACUCUGUGUGCAGUCUGGUGCCGCUUCUCCCCCUCUUCGGCCCCUCCCCUCCCUGCCCCCACGCUCAUCUGGCGGCAUCUGGCCAGGGGAAGUUUAGGGGGGGGGAGAAGGCCAGAGGACCCCCCCCCAGCUGCCUCUCCUCCUCACUCUUGGCUUUUUCUUGCACUAAACCUGGGGGCAGCGGAGUGGAGGGGGGUCAGUCCGGGAGGUUUCAGCUAGUCUGCAGUGUUUCUCAACCUUGCCCAUUUUAAGGCGUGUGGACUUCAACUCCCAGAAUUCCACAGCCAGCAAUGCUGGCUGUGGAAUUCUGGGAGUUGAAGUCCACACGCCUUAAAAUGGGCAAGGUUGCGAAACACUGAGCUAGUGAGUUCAGCGGGUGGGGGGGCACUGUCCGCAGCCCCAGUGGACCCUGAAGAAAAGGAAGCAGGGACGGAGCCCCCUCCCAGCACUGGGAGCUGCCCCCCCCACAUUUCCUUUCCAGAGGGGGGGGGAGUGCUCUCACGUGCCAUAUCUUUCGGAGCCUUUGGGGAGGGGGGGGGCUCCCUUCUGCCCGGAUGUCCCCCCUCGCCUGCCCCAGGGGAGAGCUCUGUCCCAGAGUCUGCUCCACGUCUGCCCCCCCCCCCACUCAGAAAAGUCUUCCACCCCCCGACCCCCUCCCUCGUCAAUCAGUGCCUGCUGAGUCAUGUCCACAAGUGAGAUUUGCGCUUUCGGAAAGCCCCCCCCCCUCCUGAGUCACGCUCUUGGGGGGGAUUUUGGAAAAUCUGACUGGGCCGAAUUUAAUCUCCCCCCACCCGGCCCCUACAAGCCAAAGACGCUUGUUUAUGCUUAGUCUCCCCCCCCCCCAGCAGCAAAGCCAUGCCUGGAUGGGAGGGUGUCAUGGUGGGGGUCUCCUUUGCACGUUGUUCCUUCUUUGCAGCAUCUCAUCCCAGGGCUCCGGGGGGUGGUGGUCUGCUCACCGUCCUCGUUCUUUUGUAGCACCCCCCCAGUCCUCCCCCUUGCUCCCGCAAAGAAGACUGGAGUUUAUAUUUUGGAGAAAAAUAUGGACCUACGUUUUUAAGGCUUAUAUCUAUAUGCUCACCAAAUCUAUAUGUAUAGCGAACACAAGCGUGUUGCACUCAAAAUGUCUACAGAUAUAUCUAUACGAAGAGAGAAAAAAAGUGUAUUUAACGA